GACCAGGACCGCAACAGACGGAACCAGGAUCCUUCACGUUUUUUUGUUUUGUUUUUUGCUUUGUCCUCUUGGAUUUCCAACGAUGCAGUCUUCUAAAAGGAGUGAGAGUGACUGGCAAGGGCUGGUGAGCGAGUUCUUGGUGUGCAAGCGCAAGUUGGAAAGUAAGAAGGAGGCCUUGCUCAUCCUGUCCAAGGAGCUGGAUACCUGUCAGCAGGAGAGGGAUCAAUACAAACUGAUGGCAAAUCAGCUCAGAGAACGCCACCAGGGACUGAAGAAGAAGUACAGGGAGCUAAUAGAUGGUGACCCUUCUUUGCCGCCUGAGAAACGCAAUCAGGUGAACCUGGCACAGCUGCUGAGGGACUCGAGGGAGCGAGGGAAACAGCUCGGCGAGGAGGUGAAGGAGCUGACGCAGCGGCUGGCUGAGGCCCAGGGGGAUAACAAGUUGCUGAGGAUGACCAUUACCCGCCAGAGGCUGGGAGAUGAGGAGGUGGGGGCACGCCACUUCCCUGCGCAUGAGCGGGAAGACUUGGUUCGCCAGUUAGAGAAGGCCUGUCUACAGAUGGAGGACAUGGAGAAUAACAUGAAGGCUCUGACAGACGAGCUGCAGGACGUGAAGGCAGAGCGCAACGUGUUCAAGGAGAAGGCGGACCGGCUCAACGUGGAGCUCAACCACGUCCUGCGCGGCCAUGAGGCACGCAUCAUCGACGUGGACGCCCUCUGCAUGGAGAACAGGUAUUUGCAUGAACGUUUCAACCAAGUGCAAGAGGAGGUGAACCUGCUGAAAUCGAACAUCAUGAAGUACAAGACGGCUCUUGAGAGGAGGAAAAAUUCCAACACGUGUGGGAAAUCAAACAACAGCGGCCUCACCGGUGUCCUCUCCGCCAAACAAGUUCAGGAGCUGCUGUUGGAGGAGCAGGGCUGCAGUCUGCCAGCCACACCUCAGUCCAUUGCAGACCUGAAGUCACUAGCCACCGCUCUGCUGGAGACCAUCCAUGAGAAGAACCUGGUCAUCCAGCACCAGAGACACACCAACAGGAUUUUAGGGAACCGCGUUGCAGAGCUGGAGAGGAAGUUGAAGACCUUGGAGGUGUCCGGACUGUGGAGUCUUCCAGGGACACGAAACAACGGUACCAUGAGCGAAAGCCUGCAACCAACGCUUCAUCCAAUCGACGCCACACCUCAGCCAAAUGGGCAGCCCAAUGCUCAGCCAACCAAAGAUGACAAAACAGAUAUUGCACAAGCGUCAUCGAGGGAAUGCCGCACAGCUGGCGGAAACCUUGGCGCAGAUGGCAUUGGCAGGGUUGACACCCUUACACUGUACAGCCACACCGAGCCUCAAAAGGGGGCGGAGACUAAUGUGACUGACGGGAGAGGGGCGGAGUCCCUCACAGAGACACAGGUGGUGUUAGAGCUGGAGAAAGGACAGAGUCCCGUGGAAGAGGAGGGACAUGAGGUAGAAGGGGGUGAAGAUGAAGAACUAAGCUCUACGGUGGAGGAAGGAGAGGAAGCGGCCUUGGCAUUGGACACUCCACACCAGGAGAGAGAGUCCGACAUGGAAUGGGUUUCUAAGUUGCAGGCGUCUAUCAGCUGCGCACAGGAGGUGGGUGAUCUGCCAUGCCAACGCCAGGAUGAGGAGUCAAAUAAUAAUAAUAACAAUGAACCUGGGACUGAGCAUACUUCAAUUUCACUUCCUAUACACAAGAACUGCGACUUGCCCAGCACAGAAAGAUGGGAUAUCCACUCUCCGUCAGGGCAGAGUGACUCCUGCCACAGUGGCAACUUUGCAUAGUCUGACAUCACUGAAAGAUGCUGCUGGGCUUUUCCAAUCUCUCUCCAAAUCCCUUUUUAUUGAUGAUCGCAUAAAUACUCCCCAGGUGCAUUCCUACAACACGGCCACAACUCACAGGCUCCCUCUUCCAGGCUUGGCGGUUCUGUUUUUGUUGAUGCAACAAAGCAAGAGAGUCAGAGAGAGAGAGAGAGAGAGAGAGAGAGCUUUUUCAGCCACCUCAGUGCCUGAGGUGCCCUUGGCUUGUUGCUGUUGAAGAACAAUCUUGAAAUCAGUCCAGUUGCAAACUUCAUGCCCCAGAGGAGGAAUUUAGCUUAGAAAAUAUCAACUAUAGCAGCUUCCCUUAUAUCGCCCCAUACUCCGCUCAUCCCUUCCCCAGCGAUAAGAUAAUCCCAAAUGUCUGCGCUCUUCUUUAUCUUCUGAAGGGUGCCAAUAAACAAAGUGCUGUAUUUUUUUUUUCAAAUUACCCUUCCAGUGAUUUUUGAACCCGGAUACUUAAAGGUGCUAUGUGUAAUUCUACCUAAAAUCUGACCUCUGACGCCAAGUGAUGCAAAUAACAACAAUAAAUCAAAGCAAGCAAGACAAACCAAUUCGGAUAGAAAGGUCACAGGUGCACAGCACGUUUGCCAACAUCAGCCGGAAGAGUUGUGUGUGUGUGUGUGUGUGUGUGUGUGUGUGUGUGUGUGUGUGUGUGUGUGUGUGUGUGUGUGUGUGUGUGUGUGUGUGUGUGUGUGUGUGUGUCCGGCUCCUCUGCUUUUGAAUGUGAAUAUCAGGAGCGCAGGGGGAACUUGAAUGGUUUCCUUUAUUCCAGUCACUACGAUUUGGCAACAUUAGUUUAACCACACCUGGUCAUAUUAUGCUUCAAGAAAGCAAAAAUAUUACACAUAGAACCUUUAAAGCAAUGAAUGUGAUGUGUAUGAGAUGGAUAAAGAAUUGGUUCUAUUAUCUAUACAUGCCUUGAUGUUAGAUUCAGAGACUGCGUUGUCAUUACUUUACUUGUACGACUCACAAAUCAGCCUUUUUCUCAUGUUCACUAUUAGAGAAUGUUUCCCUGUUUAACUGCGUGCCUUUUGCUUGUGAAAAUGUAGAGUCGAGGUAUUUCUAAAUCUUGAAAUGGUUUAAAUGCAUAAACCCGA